AUGACUUCUAUUGAAAAGCCCCCGCAGAGCGUGGGGGCCGCCGAGACCACGAUCGCAUCGAGUGUCGAGGAUAAGCACAAGCAGGACGCCGCACAGAUCUCUCCGGUGCCGGAGCGCCAGAAAUGGUACGAAUGGUUUGCGCCGACAGAUACCCCGGCCGAGCGACGCCUGAUUCUCAAGCUGGAUGGCUUGAUUAUCGUGUUUGUGUUCUUGGCGUACUGGGCGAAGGUGUUGGAUUCGUCGGCGACGAGCACGGCGUACGUGAGUGGGAUGAAGGAGGAUCUGAAACUCUAUGGGAAUCAGUUGAAUUAUCUGAAUACGGUAUACAUGGUCGGAUUCAUUACGAUGCAAAUUCCCUUGACACUUGUGAUGACACGAUGCCCGGUGAACUACUUCCUACCAGCAGCUGAUCUAUUCUGGGGCGUGUUCACUCUGGCGCAGUACAAAGCUAGCAAUGUGAACCAGUUGUAUGCCCUGCGCUUCUUUGUGGGAGCUCUCGGUGGUUUCUUCUUCCCGGCAGUGCAAUGGUACCUAGGCAGCUGGUACAAGCGCUCAGAGCUGUCUCGCAGAGGGGCCAUCUUCUUCAUUGCCAGCCAGGUCGGCAACAUGAGCUCCGGAUAUAUCCAAGCGGGUGCCUACGCUCGCCUUGAUGGCCAAUAUGGAAUUGAGGGAUGGAGAUGGCUGUACAUCAUCUGUUUUGCUUGUACUAUCCCCAUUGCCUUCAUGGGCUUCUGUCUUCUACCAAGCACCCCCGACAAGUGUCGCUCCCGCUUUCUGACCGAAGACGAGAUCCGUCUCGCGCAGGAACGCAUGGCAUCUGAACAUCGGGAGGCCCGCCAACCAUUCACCAUGCCGAAAAUACUCAAAAUCCUCAAAGGAUGGCGGCUGUGGGUGCUCGUUGCAUUCGCCUUGUUCUUCUCCCAGGCCGACGGUGUAUACUCGAACAGCGGUCUAUCACUGUGGCUGAAAGCCGAAGGCUAUUCAGUCGGGAGCAUCAACACUAUCAACACUGUUUCACCGGCAGUAACAAUCGUCGCCUCGGUGAUUUGCGCCGUGCUCUCGGACGUGUACAACGCUAAAGCAAGCCUGAUCGCAACCACAGCUCUACUCAACAUUUUCGCUUGCAUAGUCCUUGCCAUCUGGAAUGUCCCCGUGGGCCUCAAGUUCUUCGCAUUUUUCCUCUCUGGAACAGCUGACGGUAUCGCGGCUAUCAUCUAUGCGUGGGCCAAUGAAAUCUGCGCGCAUAGUGCGGAGGAGCGUGCGGUUGUGAUCAGUGCCAUGAACACGAUCGGCAAUACAUUUGGAGCUUGGAUUCCCCUUUUUGUCUGGAAGACUGUUGAUGCACCACGAUAUCUCAUCGGGUACAAUUGGACAAUUGCGCUUGAUGUCUGCAUGUUGCUUAUGCUGGUAGUGUUGCAGCAUUUUUGGACCCGUGAGCAAAAUUUUACCAGGGGCUAG